AAUCGCGUGGGUCCGCUGCUGCCCGCCCCCGGCCACCCCCCCAGCCCGGAGCCGGAGCCGGAGCCGGAGCCGGGAGGAGGAGGAGCGACCUUCCCGCCUGGCUCGGCCUUAACCCGCGACGCGCUGCAGCGGGACAGGGCGUGGGGCACUGCGGAGGAGAGAACAGCAGAAUCGGGGCUGAUCAGCUGCACUGCCCCUCCCCCUGCAGAGAGCGUGGACCCUCGGGAGAUCGCAUCUAGUCCGACCCCCUGCCCAAAGCAGGACCAGCCCCAACUAGCUCACCCCAGCCAUGGCUUUGUCCCGCCAGGUCUUAUAACCUCCCAGCAUGGAGCUUCCACCACCUUGCUGGGAGCCUGGACACUGCUGAAAGACCCUGUGUGGGAGGAGUGGAAGAGCAAGAUCGCAGGUCCAAGUUGGGGUGAGGCAGAGAAGAUGGCUGCUGAGCUGGCGCCAGCCAUGGGCUUCCCCUUCCCAGCUCUGCCCCAGGUUCUGGUCAAGGAGGAGGAGCAGGACCCAGCUGGCCCUGAGCCAGAGGUGGAAACUGAGAGUGCAGGGAAAGCCUCUUGUGCUGUUCAGGCUGGGACAGGCAGAGCAUCCCUGAGAUGUGUGACACCACAACAGGUCAAGGAGGAGCCACUGGAGGAGCCCAUCCAGCGCUGGCAGGUCACGGUGCACAGGCAGGUCGAGUACAUGGCUGUGGACAUGGAGGGACCUGGGACCUUGAGGGAACCUCUCUGCUCUCGGCUGGGGCAGUCACAACCUCAUCAUGGGCACAUGCCACUGGAGGAGGCAGGAUGGGGACCCCAGGAGGAACUGCCUUGUGUCCCCAAAGAGGAGCCCCCACCCUAUGAGGAGCCAGAUUACCCUGACACAGAGGAGACUUGGGACUCGUCAGCAGAUGAAAGUUCCUUGGGCUGCUUCCCCAGACGAGGCCCUUUGCUCGGGGCAGGAGGUCCCACACCAGACCUAAUCUGCCACAUCCAGCGAGGGGAGAUCAAGCGCUGGGUCCGUGAUGAUGAGGAGGCUGAAGAAAGCUUGUUGUCUGAGGACUUGUCCCAAGCAGAUGCUGAGUCACUGGGCAGAGCUGAGCAGCAGCAGCCUCGUGAGGAAGGGCCUGCCAACCUGAAGCUGUUUCAGUCCAGAAACCAGCUCCUCACCCGACAGGGACAGAGAACAGCAGAGACUGAAAGGAACUUGGAAGGAUUUGAAGGGCAGAGAGACCUGAAGACCCCCAAUGGCAUGGUUCCCUGCAGGCAGGGGCUGCAUAUAUGUGGAGAACCCGGUGAGAGCUUUUGGGAAAAAGAGGAACUUGGGGCCCAGAGGGGAACUACCUGGAGGGAAAAUAUCCAGCCAUGUACUGAGCAUGGGGACAGCUUUCACCAUUCGUUAGGGCUGUGUGAAGCUUCAGUAGCCGAUUCAAUUCGGAGGAGAUUCGGCCCGAUUCGGCGGCCAAAUCUCCGAAUCGAAUCGACUGACCCUUUAAAAGGUCCAAAUCGAAUCGGAAGCCUCCGAAUUGAUUCAGGGAGAUUCGGAAGGCUUGCACAGCUCCACACCCCUCAAAGCUCCUCUAGAGGCAGGUCUCCUCCUCUGGAAGGCACCUGGGAAGAGGUUAUGGGGGCAGGUGGCUCAGCUCCUCCUGUUGUUGUGCCUCUGCCUGGUGAGGAGGGGGAAAAGGCAGGAUCUGCACAUGCACCCGCACCCCAGAAGCGAGGGGGUAGUGUAGUGUGGGAUCAUUUUGAGGUGGCAGAAGAUCCCACAUAUGCUAUCUGCCUGCACUGUCAAUGUAAGACCAGCCGGGGUAAGGACGAGAAACACCUCACCACCACGGGGAUGCUGCUGCAUCUCCGCAGGCACCACCCCCUUCUUCUUCCUCCUGGUGCUAGUGGGAGCGUACCCAAAAAGAAGUCCCCCUCUUGCUCCAAAGCCCCCGUCCCCAAGAAGCAGGGGCAGGCCACCCUGGACCAGUGGGGGAAAGGUGGAGACAAGGGGGGUCUCGUUCCGAAGGCAAGCAAGCUCACCCAGAGCAUUGGGGAGAUGCUUGCUCUGGAUGGCCAGCCCUUCUCCUUUGUUGAGCGUCCAGGGUUCAGACGGCUCAUGGCGCUCUUGGCCCCGUCCUACCAAGUGCCCACAUGUACCACCUUUAGCAGGACGGUGGUGCUCUCCCUGUAUGAGGCAUGCAGGGAGUACUUGAGGGAGGAGCUGCGGAAGGCAGACCCGCAGGUAGCCUUGCACUUCACCUCGGACAUCUGGAGCAGCCGGGGUGAUCAUGCCUACCUCUCCAUCACAGGGCACUGGUGUGAUCAGUCAGGGCGUCGGUGGGCUCUCCUUCAAGCGGAGAUGAUGGAUGAGUCCCACACGGCAAUGGAGAUCAUGGUGGCUAUGAACCGCAUGGUGCAGGGGUGGCUCGUUGGGCCUGGCGGGCUCAGCCGGGGGUUCAUGGUCACCGACAAUGGGGCCAAUAUGGUCAAGGCGGUGCAUGAUGCCAACUUUGUUGGCAUUCCCUGUGUGGCACACAAGUUGCACCUCAUUGUCAGGGAUGCCUUGGAGGGGGAUGGGGCUGCUGGUGAUGGUGCCAGCACCACCAAGCAUCUCAUUUCAAAAUGCAGGAAGGUGGCGGGCUACUUCCACCGCAGCAUUAAGGGGGGCAAGAUGUUGCGGGACAAACAGGCAGAGCUCAACAUCCCGCAACAGAAAAUCAUUCAGGAUGUGGAGACUCGAUGGAACUCCACGUACCUGAUGCUGGAAAGGCUGGUCGAGCAACAGAAGGCCAUUCAAGAGGUAGCCUUGGACAGGGAGAUUGGGAUCAGUGGCCCUCUUAACAAAACAGAAUGGGAUACCAUUUCCCAGAUCUUGGUGAUCCUUAAACCGUUCCUCGAGGCCACAGAGAGCCUCAGCGCUGUCGAUGCCCUCCUUAGCCAGGUGAUCCCCGUAGCGAAGGAGCUUGAGAAUGAAUUGGAGAAGUUGCAUGGUAUUGAUGUUCCUGGGUGGGGCAAGCCACUUUCACCAGAGGUGCAGGUACUGGUGAAACAGCUGAAGGAGGGCAUCAAAAAACAGCUGGAUCCAUUGCAGUCCAGUACGGUCCACAUGCUGGCAGGUAUGUGCGACCCGAGGGUGAAGGGGAACGUCUGCAGCAGCAAGACCCUCGAUCACUGGACAGAGGUGCUGGUGAACAGAGUCAGGGAGGCAGAAGGGCAGAGGCAGGGGGAAAUGAAAGAGGGGGAUCCACUUUCCCGUGCCAGCACUCCAACCACGAGCCAAUCUCCUUCACCACAGCCGCUGCCAAUGUGGGCUAAGGGCAUGGCUUCAAUGUUGGGGUCCAGAGGCACCAGACUCCACCAUCAGGCAUGUAAUGCAGAGGCCUCGGUGGCUGCCUAUCUCGCCGAGGAGGUGGAGCCGCUGCAUUGUGACCCCUUGGCCUAUUGGGUAGCCCGCUGCCAGGUGUGGCAGGAUCUGGCCACGGUUGCCAGGGAAUACCUGUCCUGCCCACCAACCAGUGUUGCAAGUGAGAGGUUGUUCAGUGUUGCUGAUGAUGUGACAUCCCCCUCCGCCUCCUUGGAUCCUGGUUUUGUGGAGCAGCUGGUGUUCCUAAAGGUGAACCUCCCACUUCUGGGAUUCCCCAAGCUCCACGUGCAGACAGAGUGAGUGCCACCCUCCUCGCUCUGCACCUAUGUGCUUUCAGAAUCUUGAGGUGCACUUUCACAGAAACCUCUGCGAAACUUGGCAGGCUUCAUGUUUCAGAAGGGGCUGCCAUCCCUGCUGUUUUCAUUUGAAUCUGCAAAAAAAUGACCAAGUUAUAGGUAUUUUAGUGAUUCCCCAUUAUAGCCUAUGGCCGAAUCUCCAAAUCCAAAUCGGCCAAAUCGAAUCACUGUCCCAUCGAAUCAGAAGCGAAUACUGCUGAUUUGCACAGGCCUACCAUCCAUGCCCUCUCGGACACCAGAGGACAUACUUGGGGGAGCACCCGCACUUCUGCCCAGUGUGGGAAGAGCUUUUGUCUCCCUGCAUGACCUCCAAGUGCAGCAGGGCAUGCACAUGGGGGAGCAGCUGUGCCACUGUGUUGUGUGCAAGAAGAGCUGCACCAGGUGGGAUCACCUCCGAAGCCACACAUGCGUGCAUGUUGGGGACAAACCAUUCUGCCCACUGUGGGAAGAGUUUCACCCAGAGCUCCAGCCUCACAUAGCACCAGUGUGGGCACAUGGGGGAGAAGUCAUUCUUCUGCAGGCAGUGUGGGAAGACUUCAGCAAGAGCUCCAAAUUCACCAAUCAUCUGCAUGUACACACAGGGAAGAAACCCUUCUCUUGCAGUCAAUGUGGGAAGAGCUUCACUUACAGACUGACACAAACCACCUGCAUGUGCAUACGGGGGGGGGAGAAGCCAUUUUCUUGCACCCAGUGUGGGAAGAGCUUUACACAGAGCUCCUGUCUCAACAAUCACCUGCAUGUGCACUUCAGGGAGAAACCCUCUUCCUGCAGCCAGUGUGGGAAGAUUCUCACCCACGGCUCCAAUCUGACUGAUCACCUGCAUGUACACAUGGGGGAAAAACCCUCCUGAUGCCAGCAUUGGAAUACCUUUGCUCAGAGCUCCAAAAUCACCAGCGACCUGCAUGUGCUUACAGGGGAGAAGCCAUUCUCUUGCACCCAGUGUGAGAAGCGCAUCAGCUAGAGUUCAAAACCCAUGAGUCACAUGCACAUGGGAGAGAAGCCAUUUUCUUGCACAGUGUGGGAAGAGCUUCAUGCAGAGGUACACACUCACAGCACACUUCCAUGUGUACACAGGGGAAAAGCCAUUCUCCUGUGCUCAGUGUGAGAAGAGCUUCACUGACAGGUCAUCGCUCAUCAAGCACUGGCAUGUGCACACAGAAAUGAAACCAUACCGCUGUGCCCAGUGCCAGAAGUGUUUCUGGCAGAGCUCUGAGCAGCGAACCCAUAAGAGCAGGAUCAUUUUACUGAAUGGGGAUCUGUUUCCCACAUCCUCCCUGGGCAGUGGGAGUGAGAGUCCUGCCCCUGGAUUGUAACGUCCAAAGCUCCCUUCUGUUUCUAUGUGAAAUGUCCCAAGUGGGAUGUUGUGGUAGCUUCUGGUGGCAGCUGGGCAGAGAAGACAACAGUUAGAGCUAAGUGAUGGAGCCAGAUAGCAGAGAGGAUAAAAGCUGGGGGGACACAAAACCAAAGUUGCCUUUGAAAAAGAUCCUUUCUGAAACCAUCCAGUCCUAGGCCAUUACGUUUGGGUAUCAAGGUGAUCCCUUCCAAUUUCUACCUGUGGCGUUUGGGACAUUACCUUUGUUAUCUGUUUUUUUACUGUUCUUGAAUAUCUUGUUUCUUUAUCAACCAGGCAGGUCCCCCGCUCCCAUGGGAGAACCAGUUUAGAUGAAAUACUUAAUAAAAGGAAUAUGUGUUAA